AUGCCAAUGCUCGAGACACCUCGAAGCAACGCAACAGCAGAUGUGUAUGACGAUGUCUCAGUACUCGAGUUCAGUUGCACAGGAUUGUCAGACCACUUGGACCUGCUUGGAUACACAGCCUUUGCCACAAUUUGCUCUAGCACUCAAGCACUCAUGGUCAGCAGCCAUCAUCUCAACUGCAUGGCCUUUGCAGUCACAGUGAUGAAUGGUGUUGCACUCAUUGUGAGCAGUCAACAACUACAUAGCACUGACGGGAUUCUACUGGAACCCCUGUUGCUCAACAAAGCCAAGACUUGCAAUGACUGGCACAAGUGGCAGGAGGCAAUGGUGGGUGAAAUGACAAGCAUGGACAAAAUGAACAUCUUUGAGCUCGCCAACAUCCUAACAUAUGGCAAGCUCAUUGGCAUUUGA